AUGGCCCAAUAUCAGCCCCGAGCAAAGAGGAUACGUCCUCCUGCUCAAGUAUCUCAACAAGAGAUGGAUUACGCUAAGCAAAUCAGUGAAAAAUAUAUUGCCCCAAUCUUCACGGGGAAGGAGGACUUUGAGAUCUUUUCAUCACUGCGGUUCGACUCCAAGAUGUAUAAUGGGCCCGUUUCUGAUCUGGAGACAAUUGCGAGUUCCGGAAACAGUCUUCCGAAAGAGUGUUUCUUCUUGGUCGACCACCACUAUGCGCGGUUGAAGCUUUCGCUCGAGUAUUUCAACUGGGGGUUCGACCUCUCGCAGGAAGUUUUGCUUCAAAAGCUUUCGGCGGCUGUCUCGCCGUUGGAUCUGAAAAAUGCAUACAAGUUGCGAAUUUUGAUCUCUCCUGUGGGAUCUGUAAAGAUUGAGACAUAUCCUGUGGCUCCAGUGGAUGACUUAUGGGAUGGUCUACUUCCAGAUGAGGAUUACAAGUCUCCAGUCUACGAUAUCUAUCUUGACCCGGAACCAGUCGUGGUAUCUCCAUUUACUUCGCUCAAGACCACUAAGAGAGAUCACUAUACAAGUGCCAGGGAAAGAUGCCUUCCGGGAAAGACCCCAUUCGAGGAUGUGUUUUUGCACAAUACAGCUGGUCAGAUGACCGAGUCGUCGUUUUGCAAUUGCGCAUUCUGGGUAGAUGGAAACUGGCAGACGCCGCCGUUGUCUAGUGGGACACUCAUUGGAACCGUCAGAAGACAAUUGCUUCAAUCCAAAGACCUGGUGGAAAAUCACGUUCUUUAUAAGGAUGUGAAGCCUGGUCAGAAGGUGUUGAUCAUGAACGCUGUCAUUGGUGUGAAGAAAGGUGUUGUGAGGGCAGCUUGA